AUGGUCAAGUGCACCUCGAAAACCAAUGAGAACAGAGAGAUUUUGCCCAUUUUCUUGGAUGUGGAACCUGAAGAUGUCAAGCUCAAAACAGACUUAUAUAGCCAAGCACUUUCAAAGCACCAGGAAAAGUAUAGCACAGAAGUGGAGUCAUGGAAAAAGGCUCUCAUUGAGGUGGAUGAGAUAAAGGGAUGGAACUUGAAGAAAGAUCAAGGCCAAGGAGAUUUGAUAUGUUCAAUAAUUCAAACACUUGCGGUUAAGAUGAAGCUUGCCUAUGAAAAUGUAACCGAACAUCUAGUCGGAGUUGAAGAUCGUGCAGAAGCUGUAAUCAAAAUGCUGGAUCUGGGAUUUGAUAGUGUACGAUUUCUCGGAAUCCACGGAAUGGGCGGUGUUGGCAAAACAACCCUUGCUAAGGUCGUCUUCAACACGGUGUCUUCUAGCUUUGACGGAUGUUGUUUCCUUGGAGACAUUCAGGAAUCAUCAAAAGGAAAUAAUGGCCUGGGAAAUAGGAAAAUAGAAGCAAUGUCACUAGGAUGGUGGGGAUCUUUCGAAGACAUGACGCGUGAUGAAUUUGCUAAUUUACAAAAGUUGAGGUUCCUUGAACUAGCUGAGGUGUCCCUCGUCGGAGACUUCAAUAAUCUUCUCUCCAGUUUAAGACUGCUUUCUUGGCAAAGUUGCCCUUUCGAGUUUGCGGCGACAAACUUUCAUCCGACUAAUUUAGUCGUUCUCGACCUCUCAACUAGCCAAAUUUCGGAGGAGUGGAAUGGCUGGAAUCAAAUCAAAAUGGCAACUAAACUAAAAGUACUAGAUCUCAGCUCCUGUGAGAAUUUAAAAGGAACUCCUGAUUUAUCUACAUGGGUAUCAUUGGAGAGAUUGAUUCUUAGAGGCUGUCACAAAUUAGUUGACAUUGACCAAUCCAUCGGUAAAUUAAAGCUCCUAACUUCUUUGAACUUGGAUGGUUGUUAUGGUCUUCGAGAGUUGCCCCAAGAAAUAGGAUGUCUACAAGCAUUGACAGAGAUUGUCAUGCCUGCAACAAUACAUGAACUUCCGGAGAUGUUUGGUAAUCUUCAGUCAUUGAUGACGUUUCAUGUACCAAACAGACAGAUUAGCAAAUUGCCAUACUCGAUUGGAGGGUUGGUGAAAAUUAAGCGGUUGGAUUUAUCGGGGUGUACGAAAUUAAAGGAACUUCCGGACUCGAUUGGGAAAUUACAAUCGUUAGUCGAGUUGGAUAUGUCAUCGACAAGUAUUGGUCACCUACCUGAUUCAGUUGGCGAUCUAAAACAACUAAAAGUACUUAGGAUGAGCUACAUAAAGGUAAUGGUGAAAUUACCAAGUGCCAUUAGGCUGAUGGAGAGCCUUGAAGAGUUAGACGCUCAUAAAUGUGACAACUUGAUCGGCAAAAUCCCUGAAGAUAUUGGGAGACUGUCCUGUUUAAGGAUCCUAAACUUGUCAUACACACGUAUAUCCGGGUUACCCACCACCGUGAGUCGCCUCUCUAGUCUCCAAACACUUGAUCUAGAACCAUGUCCGGAGCUUAAACAGUUGCCAGAUCUUCCCCCAAGCUUGACUUGCCUGAGAUGGGCCUCCGACACUGUUGCUCAUGUCUACGAAGACAUGUUGUAUGAGCCGGAGAGUGUGACUGCUAUUCCCACAAGCAUCUGUACUCUAUCUCACCUGGAAACACUAACAUUGUCCUGUGAAAACGUGCAAUUCCUCCCCCAGCUCCCAUCUAGUUUAAGAGUGUUAGAGCUUCGACAUCUGGUAAACACAAGAUCGCCGGAUUUUUCCAAUUUGAAAAACCUGUCAAUCUUGCGAUUCUAUAGUUGUUCGAUGUUGAAAUUCUCUGGCAUACAUGAUGCGAAGUUGGAGGUCUUCCAUAUCGAGAAUUGCAAGCAUAUAGAUCUGGAUGCAUUGUUUCGGUUGGAAAUGGAAAGAUUGAGAUCUUUAAAGAUAAUUUGGUGUGAGUUCCUUCCAGAGGUCAUUGAUCUGUCGCGCAUGAAGAACCUGCAAGACGUAGAUUUGGAUAAAUGCGAGUUGUUAGUCGGGAUUCGCGGCCAUGAAGAAUUGAGAAAGCUAAAGAAGCUCGGAAUAAGAGACUGUCCAAAGCUAAGACGUGCGACCAAGGUCUAA